AUGUGGUUGAAGGUCUCGUGUAAUGCAGCAACUGCAUAUACAGGUGACCAAAUCCAAGCUCAAUGCAGAUUACUAGGCCAACCGCGGACCAGGCCCAGAUUACCUCGCCGUCGAAACGCUCUCGCUUUCUCCUCUCCGGUUGCUAACACUCCUCUGGUCCACGCUGUGGUUUCUGAAGGAGAGGCGAGUCGGGUCGAAUCCGGGUCAGGUAGCUUGGCUGAUAGGCUUCGGUUAGGUAGCUUGACGGAGGAUGGGUUGUCUUAUAAGGAGAAGUUCAUAGUGAGGUGUUAUGAGGUUGGAAUUAACAAAACUGCCACCGUUGAGACCAUUGCCAAUCUCUUGCAGGAGGUUGGAUGCAAUCAUGCUCAGGGUGUUGGAUUUUCAACAGAUGGAUUUGCAACAACCACAACCAUGAGAAAGUUGCAUCUCAUAUGGGUGACAGCUCGCAUGCAUAUUGAAAUCUACAAAUACCCAGCUUGGAGUGAUGUGGUUGAAAUAGAGACCUGGUGCCAAAGCGAAGGAAGAAUUGGAACCAGACGUGAUUGGAUUCUGAAGGACUAUGCCACUGGUCAAGUGAUUGGGAGAGCUACAAGCAAGUGGGUGAUGAUGAACCAAGAUACCAGGCGGCUUCAGAAAGUCUCUGAUGAGGUCCGGGAUGAGUACUUAGUUUUUUGUCCCCGAGAACUCAGACUGGCAUUUCCAGAGGAUAAUAAUCGCAGCUUGAAGAAAAUUUCCAAACUAGAAGAUCCUGCUCAACAUUCCAGGCUGGGACUUGUGCCCAGAAGAGCUGAUCUGGACAUGAAUCAGCAUGUUAAUAAUGUGGCCUAUAUUGGAUGGGUUCUAGAGAGCAUUCCUCAAGAAAUUAUCAACACCCACGAACUGCAAACAAUCACCUUAGAUUACAGAAGGGAGUGCCAACAUGAUGAUGUAGUUGACUCCCUCACCAGUCUGGAACCUGUUGAGGAAUCUGAAGCAGUUUCAGAGCUUCAAGGAACCAAUGGAUCUGCUACUGCAACUGCUGACAACCAGGAGUGCUGUAACUAUCUGCAUCUGCUAAGAUUGUCAAGGGAUGGGCUUGAAAUAAACCGUGGCCGAACUGAGUGGAGAAAGAAACCCCCCGAUGAAGUUACAGAUUGUGCUGAGGAACUUGAAAGUCAAUUGUUUGGACCGAGUGAACAUCGUGAUCUUUGUUACACCCACCUCGAAUGCUCCAUGAAUAGUGUUAAGUUCUUAUGCUUCAUCUCUUUCGCUUUACGCACACGAUUUUGUCACGGUACCAUUGCAGCGUUUGGUAUCACUGAAGGAGCAAGAGAUUUGGGAAUGACAGGAGAGGUCUACAAUCCUCAGAAUUUCCUAAGAGGCAUUCUGGGUCCAGGUAUUUGGGGAGGAGGGUGGCCAUUUACGGGUUGGGGAGGGUUGGGAGGAGGACCAGGCUGGGGUUGGGGCUUGCGUAAGCCAGAGCUGGCUGGACCAAAAGAUGAGGCUCCUGGGUAUGGGAAUCUGCCUGCAUAUUAUGGGGGUGCCAUUGGGCAAACCCCAUGA